UGUGUGCAAAUAUGUGCGUGUGUGUGUAUGUGUGAGCUAGUGUGUCUUUGUGUGUGUAUGUGUGUGUGUAGUAUGGUGUGUGUGUGUAUGUGUUUGGUGUGUCUGUGCUCGUUACUAAUAUGCGGUUUGUGUGCAUGUAUAUAUGUAUGCAUGUGUGUGUGUGUGUGUGUGUGUGUGUGUGUGUGUGUGUGUGUGUGUGUCGUUUGUUUGUUUGUCUAUGUGUUUGUUUGUGUGUGUCUGUGUACCAGAAGCAGCAACAGUAGUGAUAAUGUACAUUAA